AUGCCCUUCAUAGCGAACACCCCCGAAUCCCUUCUCGGCCGCUCCGACUCCAAGAACCCCUCCACGACAUGCCGCGGUAUCACCUCCUCCGGCCGGCCCUGCCGCCGCCCUCUCGCGUCCUCGCCCGAGAGCACACCGCCGAGGAGCCGGUUCGGGAGGAGCAAUGGCAGUAGCCUGCGUGCAGACGACCCAAGCGACGAGUCUCUAUACUGCUGGCAGCACAAAGAGCAGGCGAGCCUGUCGGCGCGGUCGAGCCCCGGCCCGCGCAGCUCAGUGACCCCGAUUCUCGAGGAACCGCGCACCAGCAUCGACACCCUUGCCGACCGCCUCGGCCUGCUUGACGUGUCGCCCGAGAAGAGGAGGCAGAGCAGGAAGCACUCUGGCUAUGGGGCCACAGCGACCGCCAGGCCGCCGGCCCAGAUGACCCGGCCGAAGCCCAAGCACCACGUCACCUUCUGCUUCUGCUUCCGCAUGCCCGUCGAGGAGGUCUCGCCCCCGCCGCGGCCCAAGCCCACGCCGGUGCAGCAGCCCCAGAUGGCCAUGAGGCCCGGCGCCGCCAAGAUGCCGGCGCACCUGACCUCGCACUCGGCCACGUCCCAAUACCUCUCCCUCAUCCCGCCCGGCGCCGCCCCGCAGACCGCCUCCUUGCUCCUGGCCGAGCUUGCGAAACCCGUCUCCCAGCUCGACGAACCCGGCUACAUCUACAUGUUCUGGCUGACCCCCGAGUCCCAGCCGGCCACCCCGCCCGCCGACGCCGCCCGCUCCCUUCUCGCGCCCCCGUCCUCACGGCCGAGCGGACAGCGGCGCACCAGCGACGUCCUCGCCUCCUUCGCCGCCAACACCGGCCCCGCCCCUCGAGGCGGAGGCGGCCAGCAGACAAAGAAGGUCCUCCUCAAGAUCGGCCGCGCCACCAACGUCCAGCGCCGCCUCAACGAGUGGAAGCGGCAGUGCGGCUACAACCUCUCGCUGAUCCGGUACUACCCCUACAUCCCCUCCUCGCCGUCCCCGUCGCCGACCCCGAGCCCCUCCCGCGGGCGCCACAACUCUUCGGAUGCUGCACCGGGUAUCCCCCGAAAGGUCCCGCACAGCCACAAGGUCGAACGGCUGAUCCACAUCGAGCUCGCGGGGCUCGGGCUGAGGGUGGCGGACCGGGAGGCGUGCGAGGCCUGCGGCCGAGAGCACAGGGAGUGGUUCGAGGUCGAGGCCAGCCGCCGGGGCGUCGUGGUCGUCGACGAGGUCGUGAGGCGGUGGGUUGGGUGGGAUGAAGGGGCAGAGGCGGUGAAGAGGAAGCCGCGGUGA